AUGGUCGCUGCUGUCUGUGUGGAAUGGUCGAAACUGCGCAGCAGUCACUACCCACUAGAGCCUCGAUACGGUCACUCAGCACCCAGUUUCUUCAACGGAACAACAGACCUGGUCUAUAUAUACGCCGGUCGCGGUUUCGACGCGACACCUUUUGGCGAUGUAUUUCUGUUCGACCCCGUUUCAGAGUCGUGCAGAUCUGAGCUGGCCGAUGGAUCGGUACCUGCAGCUCGAAGUUUCCAAGCGGCGGUUGUUGCGGGCCACCGUCUCGUCGUUUUCGGGGGCCUCACAGCUGACGCGGAUGCCAGCACCACCACUGCUGACAGCGAAGCGUUGACGAACAGUUUUUACUUAUUGGACAUUCUUCGACGGCCUAUGAACUGGGCGGAUCGAAUGCAGGUCAUCGAGCGUUCUCCAUUGUACCGAAUGAGCUCGCUAUGGCCGUCAGGAUGGGGUCGCGGCAUCAUUCCGAUCCAGAAACAAGCCAUAUCUAUGACGAGGCGCGGCCAACAGAUACUCUACUUUGGUGGUGAUAUCGGAAAUGGAGUCUACUCGCGGUGCGUGUUUAUGUUCGAUUUCCCGAAGAGCACCUGGAAUAUCCUUUUUCCGACUCGUAUGGGGGCGAGCUGCGCAGAGUCUGGGCCUCCAGAGCAGGACUCUACUUAUCCAGCAGCCAGGGCAGCCGCUGCAGCUGCUCCGUUUUCCGACCGAGAUUCGUUAUACUUCGGUGGCUCUCGAGCCUCAAUCAAUGGCAGCAGUACAGAAUACAGAGUCUUCAACGAUUUAUGGAUAUUCCGCACCGCAUCAGGAGAGUGGCAGAACGUUCCUCCAUCUGCUGAUUCACAAGCGCUGCCGCUGCCGCGCGAGGGGCAUACCCUUACUCGCGCGCCCUCCUGGUUGUCGCAGUAUCCGAGUUGGAUUCUGUUUGGAGGCCGCACUUGUUCGGGUAAUCGGACAGCGUGCCAUCCGGGCGAAUUGGUUCCUCUCAACGAUCUCUGGUUGGUGCACAUUGACGGCAGAGGUGCGGCAAACUGGCGAAGACUUCAAGAGUGUAACAGCUCUGCAGCUUCUGAUACGCCCCUCGCGCGCAGCUUCCACACGAUGACUCUCGUGAAUGAUGAGAGUCUAGUGUUGAUUGGGGGCCUCGGCAACGAGACCGUCUUCGGAGAUAUUUGGCGAAUGCGAUGGAGGCAGAGGCCUUUAGAGGCACCUGCCCGCGCUUUGCGAGGAGGAUUACCCACGACUCCCGGAUCUCUGCCCAUGUAUGUUCUGAUAUACUUUCCGAAACUCUCGUGGUAUGCUCCUGAACAAUUUACCGUGGCAAUUGACUCGUCCUUGCGACGGGGCGUACAGGAAAUUCUUGCAAGUUCGUCGAUUCCACUGCUAGACAUCGUGCUCUAUGAGACGGCUUCCGGUGGCGGUGGUCAUGGGAAAACUCUCGCGCGCGGAACGCUCGCUCAGUACAUCAUGCUUAUUGGACCUGCUUUCGCUGGUAGAUUCCUUUCAAGAAUUCAAAGCGCGGAUCUAGCGAAAUAUCUGACCAGCGAAACGGGCACACCUGUACGUGUUAUGGGCUGCUCCUCCCGCAAUGCCCUCUCGAUGAAUUGGAAGCAACUUGGUGAUAAGACUGCACCCAGCAGCGGAAACGCACUAGACACUGCUGCGAUCGCGAGCAUUGUGACGGUAGCCUCUGCAGCGGUCGCGGCACUGAUUGUCGGCCUCCUGGUGCUCUUCAUUCGUCGCAGGAGACGCCGUCGGCGAAUGCGGCGAAUCAGCAGAAACGACAUGACCCCUGGCAGGAUCGAACUCGGGAACUCGAGUCCUUCGUAG